UUUAAAAAUCAGGACAAAUGACCGUAAUUACUAAUUAUAGUCAUUCAAUACAGUUUGGUUAAUUUAUCUAUCUCUCUAUUGUCGUUUCAGCUCAUUCGGAAUCUCAUCGUUUCAAUGUUUACAGAAUUACAAAAAUUGUUUGUUAACCGGAAUUUAAAGUGACUAUUUAAUGUUAAAAGACCGCUUCAUUUACCGUAAAAAUGUCUUAUAAAUAGACUCUACUGUUAUUUUAACGAAUUUUGCUGUUUAAAUUGAAUAACUCUGUUAACAGACUGUUAUUUGUUUUUAUUUUUAAGGUUUUAUGUUUACCUACAUCACCAAGCUCAUUAACCUGUUAAUUUUUUUUAUAUCUGCUGCUUCUUCUUCUGUCAUCAUUUUUAUCCUUACCGUUUUCAAUAUUUCUGUUGAUGUUAAGAUCAGUGUUUUUCAAAUAGUUUAUGAUGACAUUUUUGAUGAGAAAAAAGAAGUACAAAUUCGUUGUCUCAUUGACUUUAGAAGAAUUGAGCUCAGUGCCAUUUGUUAGUGGACAAAUGUUCAUUAAAUGUCGUCUUCUCGAUGGAGGCUCGUUCCGUUUUAUAUCUCCUAGAGAAGAGGUAAAAGAUCAUCAAGUUAAAUGGAGAUGUAGCUCUAGUUUCAUUUGUAAAAUGAGUGCUAACCCGUCUAAUGGUGUUCUUGACUCGACUAUUCUUAGAUUAUCCGUACGUAAGGAAGUUAAAGGAGGUCGCUCAUCUCAAAAGCUAGGCUUUGUCGAACUGGAUCUAGCAGAAUUCGCAGGCUCUGGGCAAAUAACCAAAAGAUAUUUAUUGGAAGGUUAUGACAACAAAAAUUAUAGGCAAGAUAAUUCAACACUCAAGGUGACCAUAGGAAUGACCCUACUCUUUGGCGAUCCGCUAUUUAAAAGACCAUCUUCCAAUAUUCCGAUUCAUCCUCCACCUCAAAAUAAUUCAUUAUCCGAUUUAUCAACAGCUUUAGUUGGUAGAGAGGGUAAAACAAGCAACCUGGAUGGUGAUGGCUCAUCAUCUUUAGCCGACGGGUGUCCUAAUAGUGCCAUUGAUGAUGAAAAAACAACUCAAUUGAAACUUGAUAUUAGAGACAUACCAGCAGAUAAUGGUUGUUACUCAACUCGUAUAGAUUCUGUUCAAUUAAUUAAUCAAUUAGUCGAAGAAACAAAUCUGGAAAAAUUUGAUAAUACAAAUGAUGAUCAAGAAGUUGGUUUAGAAUUAAUUGUCACCAAAGACGGGACCACCUCGCUUGCUUGUAAAAGCAAUUUGAAAUCAUCUUAAUGAAAAACCUGAGUGAUUCUUGAAUGUUUGUAUUUAAAUGUUAAUUGCUGUUAACAAUAAGUUAUUUAUAUUUGACUAUAAAUCAUGAGAAAAAUUGAUUUGUAAAUAAUAUUUGUGAAAUAAAAUCAAAGGUAAACAAUUAAAAUUGAACAAAAUGUAA